AUUACCUGAAUAGAUAUAUUUUAAAGUAUACAACCAUGAUGUAAUUAAUUUAAGACUGAAAUUUUAAAAUAUUUAUAGAAUUUUUACAAUCUUAUAUAUUUUGCGUACAUUAGUCGAAUCCAAGCCUCGUUUUCAGUUAGCGUCACUUUGAAUUGAGAUUGUUAGUUUGAGUUAAAAGAUGUUGUUACUUUGGAUUUGUCUGGUCUGCGGAUUUAGUCCUGCAUUAUCUACAUGCAGAUGGGAUCAAGAAACCCUGAGGUGCAAUGGGGAUGAUGGAAAUGUGAGACAUACCCCGAAAUUACGAGAAAUCCAGCGGGUGGAAAUGGCUAGAGUGAAGAAAAUCUCCUUUGCCCAAACGGAUGUACCAAACCUGCGUUAUCUAGCAAUUAAGAACUCCCCUACACUUUCAUGCAGAAAUUUCACAAACUGGAUGCUAGAUAUCAACGUUACGAUAACGAUCAACGACAGAAAGUGUAAAAAUGUUGUGACAACCCUGCUUCCCAAAACUAUGAGAACAAAGUCUCCAAGAAAAGUUUGGAAAACGAAAUCUACCACACAAUCCACCACACUUUCUACCACCGAUUGGACUAAUAACACCACCCUUUCAACUACUACCUCUUCAUCCUUAGAACCUUUUAACUUAACACCUCAAUUGAGUGAAGCUGUACUCAUCCUUACAUAUUUAGUCAUUGGGAUGUUUCUCGGGGCCUUUUUCACCGGGUUUGGGGUAGCCCUUUGUCUUAAACAGCCAUCCUUCUGGAAUAGAUGUUGGUGUAGAAAAGCAACAGUGCGUCGCGUGGAAACCAUUCGCUUUCAGAACACCUCAUAUCUAGCAUCAGCAAGUGGGUCUGAUGACACCCUCUUCACUCAUUCCCCUCUCCAGUUACCAGACUCAACUACGCCAAGGAUUGAACAUCAGCAUCUAGAGUGAUGUGUUUAAAACUCAGAAAACGUUGUGGGGAAUGAAAAUUUAAACCUUUCAAAUUUCAUUUUCAAUAUAUUUAAACAUUCCAAUCAUCAUUUUCAAUGAUUUAAACAUUCAAAACAUCAUUUUCAAUAGUUUUCUUUUUUUUGUAAAUUAAUUCCAAGAUAUUUUUGUAAUUUAAUUUAAAGAUUAUAUACUGGAAAAGUAUUUCAUGAGUCAGCAGUAUUUGUUAAAAAUUGUGCCAAAGAUAAUAUAUCAUGAGUCAGCAGUAUUACAUUUUGCAACUUUGUUAAAAAUUGUGCCAAUAUACUGGAAAAGUAUUUCAUAAGUCAGCAGUAUUACAUCAUUUUGCAAUUGUGUUAUGAUGAUACCAAUGCCAUAUCAUAUACUCCCCUUUUUUUUCUUUCUCAGUGUGUGUUAUUGUAUAUAUGUUUUGUUUUGUUUGUUUUUUUUUUUACUUAGAAGUAAAUUUGUUAGAUGAAGUGAUGGUUAAGGUUACUUGAUAUUACAUCAGCAAAUGUAAAUAUAUAUUCAGUCAAUUGUUUUUUGGUCACUCUGAAAAAUAAUUAAUGCUUGGUUUACAAUCCGAUUGGUUUACUUUAAAACUUCUUUUUUUUUUGUACUUUGAAAGAUAAAAUAGUGUAUUUAGUGCUUGGUUUUCUUCAAUUUCUUUUUUUUUUAAUGAUAGGUUGAUUAUUAGAAAAAAAAAAAUCACUCAUUUUUUUUUUUUCUCAACGUGUGUUUGUGUAUAUAUGUAUAUUGAUGAUUACAAGUGAAUUUGGUGGCUUUAGUUAUGAGUGAGAUAAGAACCAUAUUUUACUGCAAGAUUUGUUUUUUUAUAUCCUCUUCUCAUGUCAGGUAUUUUAAUAACUUCUCUUAUUUUAUAACUUCUACAAAUCUUUGUUGUCUCUGUGUGGUAAUGUAAUUUUAAGCUUUCAUAUAUUUUACAAUAUUUUUGGUUUGUACACUUCUCUACACAAGAACACUAUGCAAUAUAUUCACAGUCUGCCAUAUUUUGUUUUACUAAAUAUUUUGGUGCAAUUUUGUAUAUGAACUAACUCAAGAAUAUUUUGUAACUUUAUUGUUGUUUUU